AAAUAUUUCGGAACUUUCUUCCGAAGACCAAAGCAAAAGUGCAAAACCAGAAGAAAAGAAAUGGACGCAAUUGAUUCAGUUUUCGAUCCGCUAAGAGAAUUCGCUAAGGAUAGUGUUCGUCUUGUCAAGAAAUGCCACAAGCCCGAUCAAAAAGAAUUUACGAAGGUGGCGUUUCGUACAGCGAUCGGAUUCGUGGUUAUGGGAUUCGUAGGGUUUUUCGUCAAGCUCAUCUUCAUCCCCAUUAACAACAUUAUUGUUGGAUCUGGUUAGGUGCGGCCCGAUUCGGAUCUGAUUACCGACUUGCAGGAAGAAUGAAAAUCGGUAUGAUUUCUCAGCAUGAAGGCAAAAGAUAUAAUUACAUCAUCUGAGUUCAUAAAGUAAUUCAAACUCAAACAUCUGAGUUCAUAAAGUAAUUCAAACUCGGACAUGGCAUCCUGUUGAAAAAACCACAAUCUUUUAGCUUUGUCAUCUGGACUGUAUUUCCUGCUACUUUCAAAUCAUAUAUUGUUGGAUUGUAGCCAGGCA